CCAGCUUAACUUACAUUUGGGCCAAUUCUGCAGUGCUCUCGGCCCAUGCAAUCCAGCAUCCAUUCAUUCAACACACCGGCUUUUACAAAGUUUCUGAAACAAUUUCCGGUUUCCUCGUUAGAUUCCUUUGUUCUUUCCCUUUGUUUUCAUCCGGAAGUCAGAGUUCUUAAAGUUUAAGAAUAAUGGAGGAAAAGAAAUUUUCGAGUUUCUUUGAUGGGAUGGCUUUUAUUGUUUGAGUAGAUGGGCAGUCGCUUUCGUUAGGUACAAAGCGAUUUCUAUUUCCUGUACAACAUCUUCAAUUUCAUCGAGGAUUUGUUUUUUUUUUUGUUGGUUAAGUUUACUCUGAAAUUCUCUUCUGAUAUUUUCAGCCAAAUUCCGCUGCAACCCUAGUUUUUGCAAUCGUUACUGCUUCCGACUAACUGUCUGUCCGUCUGGAUUCGAACUGCUCUGACUCAUUCGAGAUCAACUCUUGCUUGAUUUUGUCAGUUGAGUCUAGCAGCAGUUCGAAUUCAGACAGGUGGACGUCGGUCGGACAAAUAGUGGAAGAAGCUUUGGGAGAAAGCAAAGAUCAACAGGGGUCAACCGAUGUAUAUUUGUUGAUUGAGUCUGGGAGCGUUCAGAUUGAAGGUGGGUGAAAAGUUGAAACAAAGGAAGAGAAGGUGCCUGAGAUCGGGAGAUCAAUCACCAAAAAAAUUAUGAUAUUUUGCAGAAAGAUGGAGUUUGAGCAGCAGAUGAGUUGAGGAGAAGCAGCAGGAACUUGUUUUCCAGGUAUGUGAAAUUUGAAAUGCCAAUAAACAUUUUCUACCGUAAAAUUGAAAUCAAAUUAGUGCUGUAGCACUACAAUUGAAAUCAAACUGUUUUUUUUUUUUUUUCCUCCUCUAAGUAAUACCGUGUUGUAAGCACUAUGAAAUCUCAUCAAUUGCCAAAACAAAUUUCUGAAGUCUCUAAAACAAAGCAGCUUUCUGAUGUAAAAAAUGGGGUUUGAAACUUAUGACACAAUAAGUGAGAAACAAAAAUUAUGCUGACAGAACAUAACUCCUUGGCAACAAAUAUGGGACAAACUUAUUAAAAUGUUUUAUCUACG